CAGAACGUUGCAACUUUACCGUGAAUGGAGUCGUAGCCUUGUAUAAAAUUGUGCAUUUCCCGCAAUUUCAAAAGCGGAAAGAGAGUCCAAUGAAUGGUAACAAAAAUAAAUAUCCGACUGACUAGAAGUACGUAAAUAAACGGACAAAAUAGGUACAUAACAGCAGACAUUACUUAUAACUUAUGUAGUAUUUAAUCGUAAAGUUUUAUUUUGAGAACACUAACACAUCAUUUAGUCGUAGGACGUAUCACGUCGGUUCCUACUACCGGCGGUACUUGAUUCAUCCAUACAUUUACAUUCGUACAUUUUUUUUAUUACAUACAUUCAUACAUGGUAACAAUAGUAACAUGUAAUAUGUUCAUGUAUUCUACAUGAACAGUUGAACUGAUCCUUGGGGUGUCUAUACUAUACUUAGUUACUCUGAUACUUUAGGGUAACCAAAUCAUGAAUUGGGAAAAAAACGGGACACACCCAAGAAAGGUUUGGGGGGAGGGGGGGGGGGAGAUACCUUUCAGCUAAAGAGAGGUUCGGGGAUAGGGGUGCAAUAUCUAGCUGGGACCUUGUUGGUACACUUAGAGUCAGUAACUUAGAGAUUGGGGUGUUGAAAUGAAUUUAAAAAAAGUAUUUAAUAUAAUUACUUAUAAGUUAUAAGUCCCAUAAUAGCCGUAGCCUAGAAAUCUUUUUAAAUUUACCUUCACUUUUGUAAUUUAAUUUAAACUCUGAAGCAUAUCAUUAAAAAAAAACAAUAAUUUUGCUGUGAAUACCUAUUUAUUUGUACAUAUAUUACUUGAAGUUAUAUAAUAAAUUAGGACAUUUAGUGAUUUGAAAAUGUUUGGUUUUUUGAAACGGGACAUUUACUAGAUUUAGGCGUCCCGGGAGACUUUUUGGGGACGCCGGGUACGAUUGUGAAAAAAUGGGACAAUUCUGUUUUUACGGGAAGUUUGAUCACCCUUCUAUACUUAGUAUACUAAGACAGACUAGUAAUUCUAUGUACUAGCACAGGAAUCCUGUUGCCAUGGGUUACAGCAGGACUUGAGCUCUGCACAUAGUUUAUAGUAUUGACAGACAGUAGUUAAUUGGAGUGGAACAUUGAUUUGAUUUAGAGUAGAUCUAGUUGAAAUUUUAUGUAGUUAGAUCCAUUUGGACCAGUUGGUUUGAAAAAAAUCAUGAAUUAAAAAAACAAACAAAGGAAUCCAUUUAUUUGAUGUCUUCUUCUUCUUCUUCUUCUAUAUCUUAAGAGCCCAUGAUCAAUUUAUUGAUCAUUUUGGUUCCUAUGCAUGUAGAUGGGAUUUGCAAUGUUUCUGUUACUGGUGUUGAUGAGGAAAUCAUGCACUAGGAUGUAAAUAGUAUAUUUAAUUUAUCGAAGUUACUGUGUGCACCACGGCGGUGUACCUAGCAAAACCAUAGACCUAUGUCUGCGUACACAGCUGCACAAAUAUACCAUUGGCCUGGUUUUAAUUUUAAGAUAUAUUUUAUAAACCUACCUGUUGGAUAUGAUAUUGUGUGGUCUUGUGGUAGAGUAGACGCUAGGCCAUAUUAUUGUAAUUUGUGAUCAAUUCCCAAAUGGGGAUCAAGUUUUGCAAUUUUUUUUGCAUCUAUAUUUCAUAUUUAAAUUAUUAUGUACAUUUUUAACAGAAGUUUAAUGAGAUUUAAAAAAAUAUUUUGUAGCAAUUAAAAUAUUUUAAAUGUAUGUUAUAAACCGAAUAUUAAGUGUUUAAACUUGAAUAAAUUGUGCCGGCCUUUCUUUGAAUUUGAAAAUAAUAAGAAAUUAGAAAACAAACAGAAAGUGCAUGUAACGUAUAAUUUAUUUAUCAUAUAUCAUAAUCACAGAACAAUUUUGAAUACUAAAUGAUAUUUUAUUUGUAUUUCAACAUUCUUCAUGUAGAUGAAUAUUUACAUUUUACUUAUGACAUGUAAAUGUAGCCAUAAUGUAUAGACAACAACUUUUCACAAAUCUGUUACCCUAUGAACAUCCAAAGAAAUAUCCAGUAUAUUAUAUGAAUAUUAUUGUGCAUGGUCGUCAUUUCAACAAUCUUGCUUUCACUUUGCAUGGGCAAAAUUUACACAUGAUAUCCACGGUUUAUUCUUAACUCUCAGUCUUGUCGAAAAAUUUUUAAAAACACCAUGAUUUUAGAAACACAGUGCGGAAGCAAACUGUAUAACAAAACGAUAGGUCUGCGUUUACCCUGUUCAUAAAGGAUUUUGUUUCCAUAGUGGCACAGCAUGUGCUAUUCGCAUGGUAAAACACAACAUUGUGUCACAGAAACCAUUGCACAAUCCGCAUGGGACAGGAUUUUUGGGUUUUUAUUUUUGGGCUGUGAUAAAAUCUUACAAACCCAAAAAUAAUAUUUUAAAAUAUUUUUUUUUAAUAAACCCAACCUCUCACUCCUUUCCGGAUCCGAAUAGCCACUUUGAUGUUUUAUAUUAUGAUUAUGUUUAGAUUUUGAAGUAAAGGCUAUUAAUCUUUUUAUAAAUCUUAAAUAUGAUGUUGCUUAAAUCAUUUAAAUCAUGGGGUGGUGGGGGGUAAUUAAAAUUGGAUUUUAACAUGACAUUUUGAUUUAAAUUAAAGUAAAAUAAAUUAAGAAAAAUAAUAAAAUCUUAACUAAAUACAUUUAAAAGGACUUUCACCUUUUUCACAAUCUGAAAUUUCUUAUUGUAUUCUAAUAAAAAUUAUUAUGAUACAUGAAAUAUCAAAUUUUAAAAAAAAUAGUCAUUGUAUUAAUAUUAAAGACGAUCUGAUCUGUAAGAGUACCUAAGUUUUCUAUUUCACACUUUCAAAUAAUCAAUAUCAUAAAAUUGUAAUUAGGGAAUGACAUUUUGAUUUCAACAAUGCCCUCUGAUUAAAUAAUUUGAAUAGAAAAACUAAUUUUCCACCUUCCUUUCUCAACCCCAAGUAGAUUUCUAAAAAUUGAAAAGUGAUUACAAAGAAAAUGUAUCAUAAAAUUAUUCAAUCAUAAUUAUAUAUUAAGAAACAAUAAUAGUGUGAUUAAUAAAUAAAAUAAAACAUAAAUUCUCUUGUAGCUAGUGCCUUUAUAUAUAAAUAGAUUAGAUAAAUAAAUAUUUUCAAAAUUAAUUAAAAUCAGUUUGAUUUAAAUCAUGAUUUUUAUUGGUCUGAUUUAAAUCAUGAUUUAAAUUGAAAUAUCAUCUCAACCCUUGUUAAUAAGUAUUAUUUGUUAAAUUUAUUUUAUUUUACUGUUUACAGUUUUUAUAUACUUGUGUCAUUUGCUAGAUUGAUUUACUUAUAAUGUUCAAGAGGGUGGGAAAAGCUGGCCAGCCACCUGCUAAAAAGACAAGGUAAAAAAAAAUUAAUAUUAUCUUCCUUUAUUAGAUCUAAAAAUAAAUUUCUCUAUGUCUCAAAACUUUCAUUGUACAUAUUUAUUUUGUAUUAUUCCUACAAAUAAAUGAAAUGGUGAAAAGCUUAAGUUUGAAUAGCACCAGAAACACGUCUAUUCUUAUUCAUAUAAAUAGUAUAAUAAUAGGCUGAUCCUUUUUCUCUUACCAAAGAAAAUUUGAGGAUGAUGAUGAUACACCAAACUUUGAAGAUGAGUUGGCACUUAUGGAUGCUAUUGAGUCUGAAAAAGGUGACAGUGAGGGCAUGGAAGUUGUGGGAGAUGGGCCAGAGUAUGAAGCUACAUCCAGCAAAUGGGCUAGACCUCCUCUACCAAUCGUUGACAGUUCUAAAGACAGUAUUGCAUUUCAGCAAAUAGAUUUGGACUUUUAUAUAGGUGAGUUUAAAUCUAAUUUAGGUUGCGCAACCUACAAGUCACUUACAGCCUGCGGAAAUGUUUAAUCUGUCCUGCAAGACUUUUGAGAACUUUCAAAAUCCUAAAAAAAAAAUAUUUUUAUUUGCAAAAAAACGUUCCUAUAUUAUAUCUAAAACUUCUUUUUAUUUUUUGAAGUACAAUACGAAAAAAAAAUAUUAGUGCAUUUGUUUGUCUUAAAAUCGGUUAUGAAAGUAAUUUGACUUAAAGGGAUUUAUACAGCCUAUUUUAUAAGUUUGAAUAUAAUUUUUUUUAUUUAGGUUAGAACAAAGUUAAACUUGAGAAGACUUAAUAUUGUCUUUAAAAGUAUUUCAGUUUCAGUCUGUUUUAUUUAUUUUGACCUUAAAUACAUUUUAUUAAAAUUUGAAAAAUUCACAGUAGUGAAUGUAUUAAUUUUAUUUUAAGGGACUCACGUUAAAGGUAUGCCAGGUGCAACUGUAGGACCAACCCCAAUAAUCCGAAUGUAUGGCAUCACUAUGGAGGGUAACAGUGUUAUGGCGCACAUUCAUGGCUUCACUCCUUACUUCUAUAUCCCAGCACAGAAUGGAUUUCGUAAAGAGGAUUGUGGGAAGUUUAGAGUAUGAUCACAUACCUUACUUUGUUUUACAUAUAUCUUAAUCAUUUACUCUUCAUUAAUAAGGUUUUAAAUAUCAGCUUUACAGCUCAAAAUGUUAUUUCGUUAAUUAUAUGAAAUAGAUUUGUAUGUUCAGAUAUUUUCAAAUAUUCUUUUCAGGAUACUUUAGAUGCUGUUGUGAGAAAGGAUUUGAGAUCUAAUAAAGAACACAUAGAACAUGCAGUUUUGGCUGUUGACUAUGUGAUGAGAGAAAGUAUUUGAAUUUUAUUUUAAAUGUUUAUUUUAUGUGUUUAAAUGGUAUAAACCAGUGUUUCUGUAUAAUUUUUACUCAGAGUUAUUUUUAGAACAAUUUCUGGACCUACCCUUUGUCUUACAAAUUUCUUGUAAUUUUUUUCUAUUUUAAUUACUGGAGCAACAUUAGAGCCUCUGAGGAGUGCAUGCUGAACCCCUUGGAGCAUAGGCUGGGAAUCACUGAUUUAAACAAUUUAGCUUAGUUAUAUCUUUAGUCAAGUCCACAACCUUAAGGUUUCAUUCAGCUUUGGUCUUUUUGCAUAUGUAUUUAUAACAUUAACCAUUUAUAUUAUAAUUGUUACAGUAAAUUAGUACAUAAUAAAAUAAAAUGUUUUUUUAAAGAGCCAAUGAAUUAAAUAACUUUAAACCCUGUUUUGUUAUUUUUAUAUUUCACGUUUUAAAACUAUAAAUUAAUUACAAAAUAUUUAAACUUGUAAUUAAUUUUGUUUAAUUUCUCUCUUUACAUUUAGGCAUCUAUGGUUACCAUGGAAACAGAAAAACUCCAUUCCUGCAGAUAACAGUAGCUAUUCCAAGAUUGAUAGCCCCAUGCAAGAGAUUGUUAGAGCAGGGUUUCCAGUGUCCUGGCUAUGCGCAUAAUGCCUUCCAAACCUAUGAAAGUAACAUCGAGUUUGAAAUCAGGUUUUAAAUUUUUACCUUUUCUCUGAUCUUUUGGUCUUUUUUUUUAACACACUUUAACUCAAUUUAAAUAUAUAAAAUUCAUAUUUAACUAUCACUAACAUAUUGGUUGUAAUCCUUAAAUAGCUGAUUGGAAAGACAUGAGAUGGAAUUAUACUACAUAACAAAUGGCACUAUGUUGAACAUAUCUUAGAAUUCUUGUACUUUGAUCACAAAGCUCAUUGCUGAAAAUAGGUCAAUGAAUUCAGUUUCUGCUCCAAACAUGCUAUUUACUCUUCUCAGUGUGGAUUUUUUUUUCUAACUUAGUGGCAACGACAUAAUUUAUUUAUAAUCUCACAUGAUUUUUAUGGCCUACGGACUAAAAGGCAUUCCCUUAGAACAUAAAUAUUUUUAACUUCAAAUAUCAAUGACCAUUUUUAAAUCUUAAAUAAUAUUGUUUUUAAAAUGUUGUUCAACUUUGUUUUGCCAGGUUUAUGGUUGAUGCUAAUGUAGUUGGCUGUAACUGGAUUGAACUUCCUGCUGGCUGCUAUUCAAUACGACAGGCAUCUUCUUCUUCAAGUGCAUCAGAAAUGCACACUGCCUCUCGGUGUCAACUUGAAGUGGACAUUGCUUGGACAAAAUUUAUUUCACAUCCCACUGAUGGAGAAUGGUCCAAAGUAGCACCAUUCAGAAUUCUGAGCUUUGAUAUUGAGUGUGCUGGUAGAAAAGGUUAGUGUUAGUACCAUUCAGAACUAUGAGCUUUGAUUUUAAGUGUGCUUGUGGAAAAAGUUAGUGUUAGGAGCUAGGUUAGGUUAGCACAAAUGAGCUUUAUUAUUGAGUGUGCUGGUAGAAAAAGUUAGGGUUAACAAAAUUUAGUAUUAUGAGCUUUGAUAUUAAGUGUGCUGGUAGAAAAGGUUAGGGUUAAGGUUUUUGUUAGCACAAUUCAGAAUUAUGAACUUUUAUAGUGAGUGUGCUGGUGGAAAGGUGUCAGUCAAAAUAGUGAUAAUAUAUUUUGUAUAGCAAAGGUAUUGAAAAGAUCAUGUUUAACAGAUUACUAAUUCUUUUUCUUAGGAAUUCUAAGAAAAACACAGUCGCAUAAAAAAAAAAAACACAGGCCAACAAAAAAAAAAAUUUACCUGGUGCCUUAAGUUUUGCCCCUUUGUUUAUUUUUAUUUAGGUCGAAAAAUUGGUUUUACUUUAACAGCUCAAGUGAAUUUUUAGGAUAAUAUUUGGGGGCUGUAAUAUUCCAAAGGUAUUUUACCUAAACCAAACAAGGACAUUUAAUGUUCCAACAGGUAUUUUCCCCAAGGCAAACAAGGCCCCUGUUAUUCAAAUAUUUUUUAUUUUAAUAUUCCAACAGGUAUUUUCCCCGAGGCAAACAAGGACCCAAUCAUUCAAAUUGCCAACAUGGUUAUCAAACAGGGUGAUCCUGAUCCUUUCAUACGCAAUGUGUUUACUCUCAAAUCCUGUGCUCCUGUUGUUGGCUCUCAAGUAUUGUCAUAUGAAACGGAGCCAGAACUACUACAGGUAUUCUUUUCUGCCUCUUUUUCCCCUAAGAUAAAAAAUCAAUCAUUCCUUUUUGUGUAGUGUUAUUAGCAUCUCGUGCAUUGAGAAAAGUGUCAUUGCACUAUUUAUGUAUAUAUUAUUAGGCUUUCAUAUUUUGAUUUCCCCUUCGUGUCAUACUUCUCAAGUAGAUGUGGCUUGGAAUCCAUUGCACUGUUACUUACCUUCCACGCUUCUUUAUGUUAUGUUACCCACGUCAUUGAUAAUGACGUCAACCAAGUGGAUGUUUCUUGCUUCCUUAUUCAAGAUCUCAAGUGCAGAUCUGGAAUCAGAGAAUCACUGCAUCCAGCCCUGCGAGCUUCCAAUAUUGCAGCUAGAUGUGCACCUUUUUCAGUGCCCUGUGUAGGGCCUCAAGCUCGGCAUCCACCGCAUCCAAAUUCGAAGCUAUGAUUCUGUUUGAUUCUGAUAGACUAUGUUACUGCAACCAAGUACUGGCAUAUGUGCAACGUUUUGGGAAACGAUGCGGCUAUCCUAACUGCUCCUAGCGGGUGCCAGGGCAGCCUUGAAACUCUCAAUUGAUUUCGAGUCCAUGGCAGCAUUGUCCAGUUGGUUCCAAGCAAUUAUUUUUCGUAGGAAGAAUGACUGUUUAUAUUGAACUAUGUUACACGAGGCACAGUGAAGCAUUUAUCAUUGUUCCGGAUGUAACUGCUCAUGUAGUUGUCAGAGGUGAAGUCAAUGUUUAUUGAGCGUUUGGCUCUGAUUAAGCGAACUGGCUUCUGCGGGGUCAGAUACGUGUUAGCUGGAAUGGCCAACACUAGUCCCGAGACCACUUUAUAGAGGAAUGUUAGACGGAUCUUUUCUCGCCUGUCUUUGAGGGAGGGAAUGUCAAAUCUUUUUAAGAGGUCAGUGACGAAGCAAGGAGUGGUGGAUUUGAAGUCACUUGCAAUGAAGCGCACUGCAUUGCAUUGUAUUUGCUCCAUUUUUUCCACGUCUUGCUUUAGAUAUGGAUCCCAGAUUAUCGCACCACAUUCUAGUAGCGGACGGACAAGUGCAAGAUAGGCAUUUUGAUUGCAGGAUGUUGGGCAGUGGCUCAGAUUUCUUUGAAUGAAACCAAAUGUAUCAAAUGAGUGCACCAUACCAUAAUUUUCAUUAAAUGCUUAUACACAUAGAAACAUAUUGAACAUUCUGGAAAUUUAUAUACCCAUUUUUACAAACUUAAGAGAAAUGACAUCUAUGCAAUAAUAGUUCAAAUGCCGUUUUGAUUGGUUGUAAGAAAGAAGUAAGAGGCAGAGAAAGAGUUAGCAAGUAAAAUAAAUCUUUACGCUCAUGCCACAGGUUGAUACGGUCCCAUAAGUGUGGGUCUUUGUGGUAAUUUCCAUUGAAGUGAGAAGAGGUGACGCAUCGCUUAUCUUUAGCAAAGUUUACGAAGGUGUUUACUGAAUCUAUCAGCAAGUCACCAUUCUGUCUCGCACGUAUUGCUCAUUAGGCAGCAUCUUGAAAAACAAUGCAGUAAACAAAAUUGUUGCUACUACAGGAGAUUUAGUCUUAUAUUAUAAAAAUACCCACAGGGGAGUCAAUAUGUUGAGUGUGAAAGGCUCGUAGGUAGUUCUUUUGGCAGACGCCCUAGUCCAAAACUAGCAGGGAGUUGCCCAAAGCAUGCUGUGAGAAUUGUCAAGUAAAUUCUUUAAUUCUUAUCACAUCUAAACACAAUUUGGGGGGGGGGGGGCGAGUGUCUGGCCAACAGAUCAGCACAAGUUUUCCAAAAAUUGUAGCUUUGAGAUUAUGAGGAUCAUGAGAUUAUGCGGACAAUAAGUUACAAUGUCCACAUCGACACUUGUGCCACUCUUUAAGGUCAUAAAUUUCAUGGGUGGGAAAAUGAAUCGUUAACUUUUUUUAGAGUAAAAUCCAAUUAAGUUAUAGGUGUGAAGUUUGCAAUUUAGAUUUUUGGGUCCUAUGUCCUGGAUUGUAUUGUAAAAUUUUGUAUUGUUAAGUUUUGUAUUGUUAAGUUUUGUAUUAUUAAGUUUUGUAUUGUUAAGUUUUGUAUUGUUAAGUUUUGUAUUGUUAAGUUUUGUAUUGUUAAGUUUUGUAUUGUUAAGUUUUGUAUUGUUAAGUUUUGUAUUGUUAAGUUUUGUAUUGUUAAGUUUUGUAUUGUUAAGUUUUGUAUUGUUAAGUUUUGUAUUGUUAAGUUUUGUAUUGUUAAGUUUUGUAUUGUUAAGUUUUGUAUUGUUAAGUUUUGUAUUGUUAAGUUUUGUAUUGUUAAGUUUUAUAUUGUUAAGAUUAUAAGAAUAAAACAGCAGAAGAUGCACACGCAAGACUUUGCAUUAGUAGAAAGUAGCACAUCCAUUAUUUCCCAGUUAAUGGGUAACAUGGGUCAUGUCUUCUAUUGUUAUAUAAAAAUAUAUACAUUUUAUUUCAAUUUACAGAAAUGGGCUUCUUUCUUUAGAGAAGUGGAUCCUGAUAUUGUCACAGGCUACAACAUACAGAACUUUGAUUUCCCUUAUCUCAUUAACAGAGCCAGUCAUCUAAAGGUCUGUGUCAAAUCUUUGUCUAUGAUCUUAAUUAUCUCUCAUCCUAUACUCUUAAAAGGCUGUAAAUAUAUUUGACUCUGGUUACUUCAGAUUAAGCUAAUUGCAUUUUUUCCUUCCAGGUCAAGGACUUCUUCUACUUGGGUCGUAUCAAAAACAUUGUCUCUGUUCUAAAAGACGCAACUUUUCAGAGCAAACAAAUGGGAAAACGUGAGAACAAAAUUGUCAACAUUGAAGGGCGGGUCCAGUUUGAUUUAUUGCAAGUAAGAUUCAAUUUUAUGUGCACACUAUUUUAAGAUAUAUAUAUAUAUAUAUAAAUUACUUACAACGAUGAAAGGCAUCGCAAGAAAAUGUUUUUGUUCAGCCUUUGAAAUUUAUGGAGUUACAAUUUAAAAGUUGUUCCAUUAAAGUUGGUUUAACAAUUUUGAAGAUGUCGCUUUUAAAUUAUCAAACUUUCUGGAAAAUUCUAUGGAGUAUGGAGUAAAUAUUAUUACUUUUAAAUCCACCAUAUUUCAUUAAAGACCAUGAAGGUUGUUGCUAUUUAACUUGCCUAGAUUCAUGUAGAACCCUAUAAUGUUGUCUCAGCCUACUGGUAUUGUACAGCUUAUAAAAGGAAAAAUUAAAUUGGGACCCCCGAGCCCCCAAUGUCGGAUCAAGUUUGUUCAAGAUCCAUCAAUCAAUGUAGAAACGUAUGCGGAGCAAACAAAUUUUCACCUAGAUAUAUACAAAUAUGUAUUUGUAACAUAAUUAUACCAUAUAUAAUUUAUAUGGAUCUCUUUUUUUUAAUUGCAAGGUUUUAUUAAGGGAUUACAAGCUGAGGUCCUAUACUUUGAAUGCUGUUUCAUUUCACUUCUUACAAGAACAGAAGGAGGAUGUCCAACACUCUAUCAUCACAGAUCUGCAGGUAGCCAUAGACUUAAUGAGUCUUAACUCUUAGCCAUGGACUUAAUGAGUCUUAACUCUUUUCAUAAUAAAUAGCAUAACUUUAUAUACAUAGUUUUUUUUGCUCAUGAAAUUUUGCAUUAUUAAUUUUUGGCAUUCUACAUUUAUUUAAUCGUACAUUUGGAAGGUAUGAAAAAAUUGCAAAAAAUUUAAAAUAUUUGUUUUGGAAGUUGGAAAGACCUGUGACAUGCCGAUGUGAGAGAUGCCAUCUUAGGCACAUUUUUGUUGCAAACGGUGGAGCAGUGCAAUCACUAUGAAACUGAUUGUUACUAGUGAAAUAUUGAUCGUUUUUUUAUCUGCAUCUUCUGAGGAAGAUAAUUGAGAAGCAGAAUCAAGUGAUUCUGAUUUAUAUUUUAAUGAAAAGUAUCCAUUAUAGUCCACUAAAGUAGUAAAUACCAGCUCAUCAACAAGACAACCUGCUGGCCACUGGCAGCUCAUCAACAACACAACCGGCUGGCAACUCAUCAAUUGACACAACCAGCUGGCAACUCAUCAACAACACAACCAGCUGGCAACUUAUCAUUGACACAACCAGCUGGCCACUGGCAGCUUAUCAACAACACAAGCAGCUGGCAGCUUAUCAAUGACACAACCAGCUGGCCACUGGCAGCUUAUCAACAACACAACCAGUCGGCCACUGACAGCAUAUCAACGACUCAACCAGCUUGCAGCUUAUCAACAAAACAACCAGCUUGCAGCUUAUCAACAACACAACCAGCUUGCAGCUUAUCAACAACACAACCAGCUGGCCACUGGCAGCUUAUCAACAACACAAUGAUUCUUAUUUUUGUUGAUAAAAUAUUCCUGAAACUCUCUCUCUCUUCUGAAAAAACUCUUUGCAUAAACUAGCGUGGUGUUUGGCCUGUUUCUUUUUAAGACAUGGUAUCUGAGUGAAUCAAUUAUGACUCUGACAAAAAUUUUUUUUUUCCUGAAAUUUCUUUAGGUUAGUAAACAGAUUGGAGACAAGCUAGGUUUCGUCUUGCAAUAUGAGAUUCAAAUCUUUUAGGUGUUUGGUCAGUUUGCAGAAAAGAUUACCAUUGCCUGUUUGUUAGGGUUAGGGUUAGAGUUAGCAAUAUGAGAUUCAAAUCUUUUAGGUGUUCGGUCAGUUUGCAGAAAAGAUUACGAUUGUUUGUUUGUUAGGGUUAGUGUUAGGGUUAGCAAUAUGACAUUUAAAUCUUUUAGGUGUUCAGUCAGUUUGCAGAAAAGAUUAACAUUGCCUGUUGGUUUAGUAAGUUUAAACCAAAAAAACCCCCCGAAAACCAGAAAUUGAAGAAAUGGUGUCACUUAAGCAAACCCAGCCAAUGCCAACAGUAAGCCUAACUGGGCGCUGUAGUUGUAUGUUACUAUUUCUAAGUGCUUAAUCAUAAUCCUACUUAUAAAUAGCUAUGAUAGAAAUGAAUCAAGAUAGUCAGUUUAUUACUGAAUUAAGUUAAUUAAAUAGUGUUAAAAAAAUUAUAUUUUUUAUGGUGCCAAGUGUGCAGUGGCCAAAAUAAAGUUUGAGAACCACUGCCCUACAUAUUAUCAACUUUUUUACUUACUCCUCAGGAGAGUUACAGUGAGGAUAUCAGAAACAUAUGUGAAAUGUUAUGAUUAAAAAAUUGAUACUGCUUUUUUAUUUUUCAAAACUUCGUAAUUAUCCUUAAUUAUAGUUUUCCAUUUUGGCAAAUAUUAACUUCAUGAUGCAUGAAGAAACAGAUUAGUUUAGAAGUUAUUCUUAAUUUGAACUUUUAGUUAUGUUUAUUUAUUUUGGCUGAACAGAAUGGAAAUGAACAAACUCGUCGCAGACUUGCCGUUUACUGUCUCAAGGACGCCAUAUUGCCCCUGCGACUCCUGGACAAACUUAUGUCAGUCAUUAACUACAUGGAGAUGGCCCGAGUCACGGGAGUGCCUUUGCCAUUUUUACUGUCCAGGGGUCAACAAGUUAAGGUUAUGUCCCAGCUUUUAAGAAAGGUUAGCAAUUAGAAAAAUUAUAUCUUAUCAGUGAAACAAAAUAGGCAAUUUAUGUAUGAAAAUUGGAAAGUGAAACAAAAUAGGAAAUUUGUGUAUGAAAAUUGGCAAUUUAUCCUCAUAUUGAUACAAGAACUCUUGAUUUAUAGUUUUUUUUUUUUUGAUAAACAAAAAUAUUUAAUUAAGGCACCUGCUUGUUUUUGAUCUGAUAAGCUGAUGCUGUAGAAUAGUAUACUCAUUUAUUUCCACCACUUUGCCUAGUAUGUAUUGUUUGGUUUAUAGAUAUUUUCCCUUAGGGGCCAUCCCUAUAUUCUGUGACCAAAAAUUACAAAUUUUAGACUCCUCUUCCUCCUUAAUGCAUAUGCACUUUUUUGGCAUUCCCCAUAUGCCUAUGUGCAGUACAAUCCCCUCCCCCCAUUUUAAAACAUUUAUGUGGAAGGGCUGCAUUCUUUUGCCCACUGCAGCUCUUUUUUUUUCAUGGAGUUGGGGCGGCAAAUAUUUUGUCAGAACUCAGGCGGAAAUCGCACUAGCUACUCCACUGUUCGGGGGUAUGGGACAGGUAUAUUAAGUUUCAAAAGGGGGAGGGGGUGGGAAAUACGUGGGAGACAGAAUGGUGACUUGCUGAUAGGUUCAGUAAACACCUUCGUAAACUUUUGUUUAAACAGGAGAUUGUUAAGUUAACCACCUUUAUUGUUGUCAUAUAUUAUUGCAUUUAAAUAUAUUCCACUAACUUUAAGUUUUAUCUUAACUCCUAAGUAGACAACAAAAGUUCAAUUCAAUUUUCUUUGUGGCAGCAUGAAGACCUCUUUUUUUUUUUUACCCACAAUUUUCAGUGAUUAGGUGGGGGCAUGUUUACAAUUUUAGUCAUUUGUCCCCCAUCCACUUUUUAUUUCACCUGUUCAGCUGGAUGGUUCAGCUGAACAAAAUAAUUAUGCCACGAAUUGCGUCACCAGGCUAAAUAAUACUGUUGCGUUAUCUAGUGAGUUAUCUGUGAAAACAGAGCAACAGUAUGAUGAUAACUAUGGUAUUAUAUUACUACAUUAUAACGAUAAUUACAAAACACUGGUAAUAUUUUUAUGGUCUUUUUUUAAAAAAUCAUGGAUUUCACAGAUGUUUAGCUGACACUUGGCUUUAUUAGAGAAAUUAAAAACUGUUAGAAUUUCAGAAUAAUUAUUUGCAGUGUUUGUGCAUAAAUCUAUGUAAUUAAUUUCUCUCUAUGCCAUACGCACAUGUAAGCCAGGUCUCCAAAAUCAAAUGCCCCUCAGUGCGUACAUAUUAUAUGGAUGCCCCCUCAGUGCGUACAUAUAUUAAUGUCCCCUUAGUGCAUACAUAUUAUAUGGAUGUCUCCUCAGUGUAUAAGUAUUAUAUGAAUGUCCCUUUGGUACGUAUGUAUUAUAUUGAUGUCCCCUCAGUGUGUACCUCUUAUACUGAUGUCCCCUCAGUGCGAACAUAUUAUAUGAAUUGUCCCCUCAGUGUGUACAUAUAUGAAUGUCCCCUCAGUGCGUAUGUAUUAUGUAGAUGUCUUCUCAGUUUGUACAUAUUAUAUGGAUGUCCCCUCAGUGCCUAUGUAUUAUAUGGAAGUCCCCUCAGUGUGUAUGUAUUAUAUGAAUGUCCCCUCAGUGCGUACAUAUUAUAUGGAUGUCCCCCUCAAUGUGUACUAGAGACCGACCAAAAGUGAUUUUCUGAUUUUGGCUAAAACCGAAAUUAGGCCGAAAAUUAAAAAUGACUUUAGUCCGAAACCAUAAAUUAAACCGAAAGUUAACAUUUCUGUUUUGUCCAAAGCCGAAAUUAAAUCAAAAUUUAACUUUUUGGUUUCGGCCGAAGCUGAAACUGAAAUAUUUAGGUAUUUUGAAAUUCUUCCCGGCAUACAUUCUACAUUAAUAAAAAAAAAAUGAUUUACAUUCUUUUUUUAAAAAAUGAGAUCAUUGUGAAUAUUAAUAAAUAAAUAUUUAAUGAAUACUUUGACCAAAAUUCCCAAUCACUUAUGCCAUUACAAUUCUGGAUAGGUUUAAGGUUUGGGUUAACCAACUAACAGAGGAACAAAGGCCAUUAACAAUUCUGGUUAGGGUGAGGGUUAACCAACUAACAGAGGGACAGAGGCCAUUACAAUUCUGGUUAGGGUUAGGGUUAACCAACUCCCAGUGGAGCAUAUGCCAUUACAAUUCUGGUUAGUUUUAGGGUUUGUGUUAACCAACUCACAGAGGAACAAAGGCCAUUAACAAUUCUGGUUAGGUUUAGGGUUAGGGUUAACCAACUCACAGAGGAACAAAGGCCAUUAACAAUUCUGGUUAGGUUUAGGGUUAGGGUUAACCAACUCACAGAGGAACAGAGGCCAAUAACUUGAACAAUUCUGGUUAGGUUGAGUAAAUCCCUAGUUGGUGACUAAAGAAAGCUAACCCUAACCCUAAUCAUCAUACCACCUAAUAUCAUUUAUCAUAGGCCAAAGAACAAGAUUUGGUGUUAGGGUUAGGUGUUUAGCUGACACUUGGCUUUAUUUCACUGUACGACCUAUUAUCAUUUAUCAUAGGCCAAAGAACAAGAUUUGGUGUUGCCAGCACAAAAAGUAGAGACUGGCGAUGAAUAUGAAGGAGCGACCGUGAUCGAACCUGUAAAGGGGUAAAAUAUUAUUGACUGUAGUAGUUAAUCCAGAUAUCUGUAUAUUAAACUUAAAAUGGUGAAUAAAUUUAAAUAAAGAAAAUCUCGAACUUUUCGGUUUCAAAAUUGUGAAUUUUUCUGUCAUUUUUGUGUGGAUCAUGCUUUAAAUUGGAGCAGAUUAUUUUUUAAAAUAAAUUUAAUUAACUGAAUUUUUGUUUUUUUGCCUCAGGUACUAUGACAUUCCCAUAGCAACCCUGGACUUUGCAUCUCUAUAUCCAUCAAUUAUGAUGGCACAUAAUUUGUGCUACACAUCUCUUUUGACUGAAACAGCCACAAAAAGGUAACUUUAUUUAUGCUACACAUCUGUAUGGACUGAAACAGCCACAAAAAGGUAACUUUAUUUAUGCUACACAUCUCUUUUGACUGAAACAGCCACAAAAAGGUAACUUUUUAAUUGUUACACAUCUCUUUUGUCUGCAACAGCCACAAGAAGGAAACUUUAUUUAUGUUGCACAUCUCUUUUGACUGAAACAGCCACAAAAAGGUAACUUUAUUUAUGCUACACAUCUGUAUGGACUGAAACAGCCACAAAAAGGUAACUUUAUUUAUGCUACACAUCUCUUUUGACUGAAACAGCCACAAAAAGGUAACUUUUUAAUUGUUACACAUCUCUUUUGUCUGCAACAGCCACAAGAAGGAAACUUUAUUUAUGUUGCACAUCUCUUUUGACUGAAACAGCCACAAAAAGGUAACUUUAUGUAUGCUACACAUCUCUAUGGUCUGAAACAGCCACAAAAAGGUAACUUUUCAAUUGUUUAUUUUCUUAAUAACUACGUCCUGACCUUUUUGUUUAUUUUAUAUUAUUCUUUUUAAAAAUAAAAAAAAAAAUGGCUCCUUAAUUGCCACCGUUUACACUCAUUAUUUAUCCCUGUUAGUUGUGUCUAUAUGUAGCAGUUUACAUUCAUGUGUCUAAGUUUACACUCAUUAUUUGUCCCUGUUAGUUGUGUCUAUAUGUAGCAGUUUACAUUCAUGUGUCUAAGUUUACACUCAUUAUUUAUCCCUGUUAGUUGUGUCUAUAUGUAGGAGUUUACAUUCAUGUGUCUAAGUUUACACUCAUAUGUCUUAGUUUUCAAACUCAUGUGUCUUAGUUUACACUCAUGUGUCUCAGUUUACAAUAAUGUGCCGAGUUUAUGCUUGUGUCUUCUUUACACUCAUGUGUCUUAGUUUACAAUCAUGUGUCUUAAUUUACACACAUGUGUCAGUUUACACUCAUGUUGUGUCAGUUUACACUCAUGUGUCCUAGUUUACACUCAUGUGUCCUAGGAGUGUUGUGUCAGUUUACACUCAUGUGUCUUAGUUUACAUUCAUGUGUGUCAGUUUACACUCAUGUGUCUUAAUAUUUCUUGAAUUGUUAGUUGUGUCAGUAUAUAGGAGUGUUGUGACUAAUUAGUCCAUUGUCUCAAUGAGGAUGACAUUAUUCUUUUGAUGGUUGAUGGAUGGGGCAUAAUGUAUGUGAGUUUGUGGCUGAAUGAGGCCAAUCUUGGCAUAGAAAUGUCUUUUGAUGGUUGGUGGAUGGGGUAUUGUGUAUGUGGGUGUGUGGCUGAAUGAGGCCAAUCUUGGCAUAGAAAUGUCUUUUUGUGGUCAGUUCAAGGGAUAGACAAGAGAUCUCCAGGUGAAAGGGUGAUCCUUGAAUUUAUGAAUUGCAGGUAAGUUUUAAAGGGGUACCAUGCCACUGUGCAAGCAACUAUCUUGUACUGAUAUUCUGAGUAAAAUCCAAGACAACUUUUUUGUGGUCAGUCUUGUGGGCAACAAUGAAGGCAUUGCAUGCAGGAAGUUUCACAUAGGGAACUUAGAAAUUUCUUUGUUAUUUCAUGCUUCUUGAGCUGCCAUAUGGUUGGAUAAAUUGGAUUUGUUCAUGAACACCACCCAAUACUCAUUUGGCUGUUAAAUUUGAGAGCCAUGAUAGAUGUCUUAAUGACCUUUCCUUCUGCAAUGGGGAACAUCCUGCCCCCUCUGACUAUGCUCUAAGUGAACCAACUUUGUGAGGAAAAUGUGGUCAUCACCUUAAUGAAGCAGCAGAGAAUAUUCCUGCAGCUAGGGGUUACAUCUGGGAAUGCUUGUUGGAUGAAUGGUCAACUUGUAUUGUAUCCCAUGAAGAGCUUGUUGGAUGAAUGGUCAACUUAUAUAGUAUCCCAUUGGUAAACUUGUAUAGUAUCUCAGUGGUCAACUUGUAUAGUAUGUCAGUGGUCAACUUGUAUAGUAUCUUAGGCUAAUGUUUGGCACAGCAGAAGAUACCGAUUUAGGUGCAAACUGGAAUAUUUGUUAUUCAUCUAACUCGAAGUAAAUAGGCAAAUUACCUUGGCCAUCACUAUUCUCAGAGUCACCAUCACUGUUCUCAGAGUCACCAUCACUGUUAUCAGAGUCACCAUCACUGUUAUCAGAGUCACCAUCACUGUUCUCAGAGUCACCAUCACUGUUCUCAGAGUCACCAUCACUGUUCUCAGAGUCACCAUCACUGUUCUCAGAGUCACCAUCACUGUUCUCAGAGUCACCAUCACUGUUCUCAGAGUCACCAUCACUAUUCUCAGAGUCACCAUCACUAUUCUCAGAGUCACCAUCACUAUUCUCAGAGUCACCAUCACUGUUUUCAGAGUCACUAUCACUAUACUCAAAGUCAUUAUAUCUAUUCUUUAAGUGAAAAUCAGCUCUUUAUGAUCACCAAAAAUAUCAAUUUAUUUAUAGACAAUAAUGUCUCACAGUAAAAAUAUGUCACUUGAAAACAUCACAUGAUUUUUUUCUUCUUAGGACAUCGGAGCGCUAUGAGCAUGCUAAAAUAGAAUGGACACCAGCGCUAUAAAAAUACUCAAUCAUCAUCAUCAUCACUUUCUGUCUGUAACCUAGUAGUUUCCAAAAUUUUAUCCGGUUCGCCCUAACACCCGCAGCUUUCUCUCCAGGCAUUGAAAAUAUCACACAGUUUUCAUAAUUAUUUUACCACUUUCAAUCCAGUGUGACAGGAAUGAUAUUUAGCGAACCUGUCAUAAACAAGUAACUAUCAUGUGACAGGAAUGAUAUUUAGCGAACCUGUCAUAAACUAGUAACUAUCAUGUGACAGGAAUGAUAUUUAGCGAACCUGUCAUAAACUAGUAACUAUCAUGUACCAGGAAUGAUAUUUAGCGAACCUGUCAUAAAUUAGUAACUAUCUUGAGUAAUCGCUGUCCUACAACUUGUAAGCUGAUGGCGUGUAAUGAUCUACAUAUGUGUUUAAUUUAUUUUUAUCCAACCCUAUAAUUCAGAAAAUGUGUUUGCUAUUUUGAAGUUUAAUUUGUGCAAAAUCAACACCCCCUUGUUACAUAUGAUGUACUAUAAGGGUUGUCCCAUAAUUCUGGGAACUGGCUUGUCGUCCAUGAGAAUAGUUAAGACAAAUUACAGGAAUAGAAUAAAUAGUUGUUCACCUUUUGCAUUUAGCACUGUGUACAAUCAAACCAGGAUCUUGUCAGUUAUAAGCUUAAGCUAUAAAUAGUCACCAUUAACAAAAAUUAUCUUUUUAUUCAAAAUUCUGUAUUAAUAUAAUCUUUUUUUUUAAAAUACAGAAUUUUGAAUAAAAAGAUAAUUUUUGUUAAUGGUGACUAUUUAUAGCUUAAGCGGCUGUUUUAAUAUAAUCUUUUUUUUUAAAAAACAGCCGCAACAAAAAAACUUAAAACAGCAAUCAUUAAAUAACCCUAACCCAACCUAAAAAGCAAUCAUUAAAUAACCCGGACCCUAAAACAGCAAUCAUGGGAAACUGUUCUAUUUGUCCCCUUAAAAGAUUGUGAAACAUUACAAUAGACCACAUUAGAAACUUCAUUUAAAUAUGGCUUACUCACUUCCUCAUAGUCCAGCAAAGAACGUUUGGAUAAGGCCAGUGGCAUGAUUAAUGCAACCAUGAAUAAAAAAAUGUUUCAUCUACUGCAUGUAAUUGACAUGAUUAAUGCAACAAUAAAUCUUUUUUAAUUUAAACUUCUGCAUAUAAGUGACCUUGAACAUGUACUUUUAUUCUAGUUUAUCUGCCGAUCAGUUUAUCAAAACCCCAUCUGGCAACUACUUCUGUAAAGCCUCUGUUAGAAAAGGAUUAUUGCCGGAGAUUUUGGAACAUUUACUCGGAGCAAGACAGAAGUAAGUCACCAUUUGUUUUCUCUACUUCACAUAGCCUGAAAAGUCUGUUUUCAAAUGAUUCUGAAGGGCGUACAUCAUUUUUCUAACUAACAUAAAUUUAUUUUUUCACAAAAUUUAGUUUUGAAUUUUUUUAACGUUAACAAUAAACUUUAUUUACCUUUCUUCUGACCAGAGCAAAAUCUGAAGUUAAAAGUUAACAAUAAACUUUAUUUACCUUUCUUUGACCAGAGCAAAAUCUGAAGUUAAAAGUUAACAAUAAACUUUAUUUACCUUUCUUCUGACCAGAGCAAAAUCUGAGCUUAAAAACGAGACAGAUCCAUUCAGGAAAAAGGUUCUGGAUGGUCGGCAACUGGCUUUAAAAAUUAGCGCCAACUCUGUUUAUGGCUUCACUGGAGCUCAAGUUGGCAAACUGCCAUGUCUUGAGAUUUCUCAGGUUGGUUAGGGUUAGGAUUACCAUCAUGUCUUGAGAUUUCUCAGUUUGGUUAAUGUAUUUUUCAUUAAUCUCCGAUGUCACUUGGUCUUUUUUUGUUUUGAUUUUCUCUUCUAGCUUCGCAUCAAUGGAUCAACUUAGAUGAGCUUUUUUUUGUUGUUUUUUUUUCAUUUCAAUUUAAUUAUUUUGGCAAUGAUGGGUCAAGAAAAAGCUUCUGAUGCAAAUCUUAUUUGUUAAAUUGAGGUAAAACUGAAUAGUUUCUCCAAAUUCUCAGAGUGUGACGGCAUUUGGACGAUUGAUGAUUGAGACAACCAAACAAUAUGUAGAAGAAACUUACACACGAGCCAAUGGAUAUGAGCAUGAUGCUAAGGUCAGGUUUUUUUCUAACUCUUAUGAUACUUACGCCAAUGGUUAUGAGCAUGAUGCUAAGGUCAGGUUUUUUUCUAACUAUUUUGAUACUUAAGCCAAUGGUUAUGACCAUGAUGCUAAGGUCAGUUUUUUUUCUCUUUUGAUACUUAAGCCAAUGGUUAUGAGCAUGAUAUAAGGUCAGGUUUUUUUCUAUUAUGAUACUUAAGCCAACGGCUAUGAGCAUGAUGCUAAGGUCAGAUUUUUUUUCUAACUAGUGUUAUACUUAUUGAUAAUCCAUUCAUUUAUAUUAAAUUUUAUUACGCCUGUUCUACUUCAAAUUAUCUCCAUGUUAUAAAAAAAAAAAUUAUUUGUUUAAAUUCACUCUGGAUAUGUAUUCCAAGGAGUAUUAAGGAAACAGGAUGAGAUCUAGUGCAGCGUCUCUCAACCAAAGCGUCGCAACCCCUUGGGGGUUGUAUGUAGCCUGACAACAUAACUGGUUGCUUUGUUGUAAUGUUAUUCUAUUUUGUUAUGAAUAUUAUUUUUUUUAUAAAAAAUAAUGAUAUGGGGCCAUCCCUAUAGUACGUUGGAAAAAAAACAAAAACAUUUUCACUAGGGUUGCCCUGCUUUUAGUCAGGGGCACCAUGAAAUAUUACACAAUUUUUUUAUAUAUUUUUUUACACUUUUAAUACUAGAUAACAUCUAUUGGGCCAUCUGAAAACAGUAACUCACUUCAGUUAUUACAGUUUGGAGUUAUUUGUUUAGUCUUAGUGACUGCAGUAGUUAUUAGGUUAGGCUUAGUGACUGCAGGAUUUUUAUUGAUUUUUACCCAACCCUUUCUUUCAUUUUUUAAAAAGUUUUUAAUUUCUCGAAGUGUACUUGUACAAAAUUAAAAUGGAUGCCUGGUGAAAAGCUAAAUUUGGCUAUGGCACCUAGGAAUCGGAACAUUUUAGGAACCACUGACGUAGCUGAAGAAGAACAAAAUUGUCACACAGGCAUGGUACAUAUGGAGGACUAAAUAUUACUUUCACUACUACUACUGAGUAUUAAAAGAGUAUUAAAAGAAGUCAGCCAGUGGGGGAGCAAAGAAACACUGCUGAUGGCUAGUGUUUGUCUCCCUACCAAGUAGUGUUUCUUUGAUCCGCCCCCCCCCCCCCCCCCCCUCCCUGCUAAGGCAUCAGUGUGCAUGGACCCCCCAUUCCCUGCCAAGGCAUCAGUGUGCAUGGACCCCUCCUCCCUGCCAAGGCAUCAGUGUGCAUGGACUUUAAGUGCGGGUUCACACUUGUGCGAUGGGGGAAUGCUGCGAAUAUGCAGCUUGUUUCUGCAUCGCAUCCGCACCUCUGGCAGUUUACACUGCAUAUAAUAUCCAAGUUUCUUUGUUAAAACAGUUGCUUUUACUGUCAUUUUACGGUAUUUACCUUAUAAGAGUUAAUAAUAUUAAUUAAAAAAAUGUUCUGAGCUUCCCUUAUUUUGCUUCAAAGUUCUUUAUUUGAAAUUUAAGUUUUUUUCCCUGAAACUUACUUCUUAAAAGAGGUGCGUGUUAUACGCCGAUAAAUACAGUAUUUAAAAAUGGAUUCAUCAUAGACUACUAAUACCUCAAUUUCAGUCAAUACCAGCAAUUUAGGCCACCACCACCUCAGGCUGUCGAGGACUGCUGUCUUGCUGAGAAAGAAUGUAUGUCAUCUAACAGACUAAAAUUAAAUGACGAUAAGACUGAGGCAAUUAUUUGUGGUUCAGACGCCAAUCUUCAGAAAUUUGCUAUUGCAUCAAUAAAAGUUGGUGAAUCAGAGAUCCCAUUGUCCUCCACUGUCAGAGACAUUGGCUUAUAUAUUGACAGUAAACUUAGAAUGAUUCCCCAUAUCAGUUCUGUGGUUCAGGCAUGCUUCUGUCAUCUACGUGCCCUGGGUCAGCUGCGUCCUCAACUCAAUAAGAGCACAGCUAAUGCUGUAGCAGUAACUCUAAUCCAGUCAAGAUUAGAUUACUGUAACAGUUGUUUGUGGGGUUUACCUUAGAGCCAUAUUCAGAGACUCCAGAAGGUACAAAAUACUGUAGCAUGUAUUGUAUCGUGGAUAAAGAAAUCUGACCAAAUCACCCCAGUUCUAUAUGAUCUCCAUUGAGUUCCUGUGAGUGAGCGCAUUUAUUACAAAUUUCUGUCCCUGGUGUUCAGCUGCAUAGAAGGUUCUUCACCGGAAUAUCUUAAAGAACUGAUGUCUAAACAUGUGUCCUUAAAGAACCUGCGGUCUUCAACACAGUCCUUACUGAAAAUUCCCAGUGUGGAUGAACACAGAGAAAAGUCAUACGGAGUGCGCUCUUUUGAAGCGAUAGCGCCAAAAUAAUGGAACAGUUUGCCUCAAUCUUUUAGGGGCAUUGAAAAUGAUAAAAAAUCAUUUAAGAACAUUUUAAAACUUUUUUGUUUACAUAGAUAUAAGAAAACUAGAGCGCAGUGAGCAUGCUAAAGUAGCAUGGAUACCAGCGAAAUAUAAAUAUGAAAUAAAAUCAAAAAACAUUUUGGCAAAUGUCAUAGGGUUGCUGCACUAAAAAGGUUGAGAACUGCUGAUGUAGUAGAGCAGUCGUCCAUAUCAAUAUUCUAGACUUACUUAAAAAGCAAAGCUCUAAGAAGGGGCCUGUUUCCGCUGCAUUUAGAUUAGAGCUGUUUCUCCAUAUUUUAGACUGCUCUUAGCUCCAUCAAAUUUUGGAAAGAAAACAUAUUAUCUGAUUGAAAUUUUCCUUGAUUUGUUAAAAUUUUCAUCAUGUAAUGUGACAUCUAGCCAUGUGACAUCUAGCAGAUGUGGUGCAAACCAGAAAGUCACUUAGUGAUAACUGUUUGCAGAAGCCUUUACAAUUGAUCACUAGAUGGCGCUCUACAGUAAUUAAGUUUAACUGUUGUUUUGGUAGUUUCUCACACUUACAUGGUACUUUGUGUUCAUAUAUAAAUAGCUCUCCGUUUGGGCACAGUGUUAGUUUUGAAUUAGUUUUAAGAGAUGUAUAUAGUGAACAUUGUUUUGGUUAAGUCAAGUUAUUUAAGUCUUUCUUCUCGUUUGUUGUUCUAAAAAUUGGUAAGAUUUCACUUAAAAGUGAGCAUGAAAAUUAAAAAUGUAUAAUAAAUUGAGAAAACCGGGUUAGGGUUAGAUGCAGCUAGGUGCUUUGUGAAUCAAAAAUAGUUUGGGAACUUCAGUUUGAAACUAAUAAUAGUAAAGCUUAAAUAUACAGUAGAUGGUCAAUUAUCCAAACCAAUCGGUUUACGGGGGCGGUUUGGAUAACCUAUUUAUUAGGAUAAUUUUAUAUAUAUAUUUAAAGAUAUAAAUUUCUUUGUUUCAAAUUAAAUAUCUAAAACAAUCUUUAUAUCAAUUGUUAAAAUUAUUUAGGUAAUAUAUGGAGACACAGAUUCUGUCAUGUGUAAGUUUGGGGUAACCACAGUAGAGGAAGCCAUGAAAUUGGGAAAGCAUGCAGCAGAUUACAUCUCUACCAAGUUCAUUCAGCCAAUUCGUCUAGAAUUCGAAAAGGUUAGAAGCGCUUGUUAAAAUGAUGGAUCACCCAAAAUGUAAUGUCUAGAAAUCAAGAAAAAGUGUGAUACUAAUCCAUAAUUUUGUAGUUGUUUGGGUUAGGGAGGGGAGAUUAUUAAAGAGCCAUUAGAAAGUUUAAUUAAAUAAUUCAGUCCAUGUGUUAGGGUUAGGGAGGUGAGAUUAUUAAAGAGCCAUUAGAAAGUUUAAUUAAAUAAUUCAGUCCAUGUGUUACAUAAAUGGAAUCAUAUUCAAUCAUGGUUAAUCACAACCAGGUUUACUUCCCCUACCUACUGAUCAACAAAAAAAGAUACGCUGGCUUGUAUUGGACCAACCCCAAGAAACAUGAUAAGAUGGACUGUAAGGGAAUAGAGACUGUCAGGAGAGAUAACUCACCUCUUGUUGCUCAUCUCAUCAACACCUGUUUGCAAUUGCUUCUCAUUGACAGGUGAAACUGUGGAGAGAUAAAGAAAUAAAUUGGAGAUAGUUCUUUUUAAUCAAAAAGUAUUCUUGAAUCUAUCCCAAACUCUUUAAUCUAUGUAUACCUUGUUUUAUUGGUAUACUAUUUAUACCUUGUUCUACUAUUUCAUUCACAUAGCUUUAAUGCAGUCCUUCAAUUAUUAUCUUUAAUCUAAGGCUGGUUUAAUUAUUUUUUAAUUAAAAUCAAUGCAAACACCCCCACCACACCACCGCUACACCCCCACACCAGUAAACCACCACACCCCCAUUUUGUGUUGAUUGGGGAUUUUUGCAAAAUAGUUACCCAAAAUUUGAUCAUGUUUUUUUAAAUUUUUGUUGCACAUGCAGAAAUCCACAAGGAGCGAUUGAGUAUGCUCAGCAGAACAUAUCAGACUUAUUGUGUAAUCGCAUUGAUAUCUCUCAACUGGUCAUAACAAAAGAGUUGACCAAAACGGACAAGGAGUACGCAGGCAAGCAGGCUCAUGUAGAACUGGCCAACAGGUAGGAAGUCAUGCCUUAUUUCUACUCACUCAUUUCAAAAAAUAUUUAGCAACUGUUAAAGAUUCAGUAAGCUAAUUUGCUACUUGAAGAAGUCACAGAAAAAAACUAACCCUACCCCUAGCAACUGUUAAGAUUUAUUAAGAUAAUUUACCGUCUCAAGGAGUCACAGAAAAAAUAGAAAAAAAAACCUCUAUAAAGUGUGAUUUGAUUGAAAUGUAAUUUUUUAAAGAUACAAAAUACAUGUCAAAGUAUAUUAAAACAUUUAGAUUUACAACUUACAUCUUGUUUAAAUUUUCUGGCAUGAAUUGAUAAAUAUUACCAUACUAACUUUACACUAUGACAACAUAAUAACUUUACACUAUGACAGCAUACUUACUUUAUUACGACAUACUAACAUUACACUAUGAUAACAUUUUAACUUUACACUGACAACAUACUAAAUUUACACUAUGACAACAUACUAACUUUACACUUUGACAUACCAAGUUAGCAUGAUUAUUUGUAAACUUCCUUAGAAUUCCAAUUUUUGUAACCUAACUGCAGAACACUUAUAACUUGCAAAUAAAUGUGUUGGGUGUAAACUUGAAGAUAAUGCAAUAGAUACUACAAAUUUCAGAAUGCAAAAAAGAGACCCUGGCAGUGCCCCCAAACUAGGUGAUAGAGUGCCCUAUGUUAUUAUAGCUGGACCAAAAGGGACUGCAGCAUAUCUCAAAUCUGAGGUAAGUCCCUCUGUUUAGUUUAUAUCUAGUUGAAAUGGUCUUGGUCUCCUGGUGCUUGCUAAUAUCUGAGGAAUAAACAUGUAGCUCUCUAUCAUUUAACCGAGAGCCUCAUCCAAAUUUUGUUUGAUGGGUGGAAUCUUUCUCUAUACUGAAAUUACUGUAAUGUGUUCUGUUACUGUUAAAACUUGUCAUGACCUGAGCGGAUAUCUCAGUGGAUAUCUAAGGGUUAACUACUAAUCAUUUCUCACAUGCCCAUGUAAUAACCCAAAAGUCCAAGUCUUCACAUAUCAAUUCUUUAUUUACAUAAUUAAAACACUACACAGAAUAAUGAAAUUCACUAGUGGAAUGAUGAUUGAUAAUAAAUUAAUUUCUCUUUAGAAAAUAAUGUGAUGUCACUCAUACAUUGUAUCUGCCUUUUUAAUCAUGAGACAAAAUCUUCAUAACUGCAUUUUCAUCCGUUACAAUAUGGCUGCCUAAGUAGUUCCUCACUCUCUAUAAUUAUAUGCAUGUAUCGCUACACUCACAUGAAGGGCUUUCUACUUAGCAGUAAAAGUAAAUGGACAUCAAAUAUCAUUAUGUUCCAACAAUUUUUGUCAAUAUAACAAUAUAUGUUAAGCUUUAAUAAUAAUUUUACAUAACACACAAGUAAACGUUUUGGCACACAACACACAAGUAAUCGUUUUGGCACACGCAUUUACAUUACAGUGUACUACAGUAUGUUGUCACUAUAGGGCCUUUGUAUAUUAUGUAAAAUUAUUGUUUAAGUGUAACAUGUAUUUGUAACAUGUAACAUGUAACAAGUUGUUCGUGUCUAAUUAAUCAAUUUUAAAGCUUUAUCGCAGUCCAACACUCUUACAGAUGUGUUAGCUCUCUUUGUGUUAGAUGCAGUAGCUGUACAGACAUGUUAGAUAUAAGUAAUACUAAAUAUAACAAUUUUAUAACAGCUCUUCAUAUUACUGAAACAAAACCAGGAAGACAAAGUAAUAAUCAUGUUUAUUUUAUUUCUUGUCCCUGUUUUAGUUAAAAUUGUCUCAUUAAAUAUCAGUCAUUACAAAUUGUUUUUUUUUUGUACACAACUUUGCCAACAGGAUCCUAUUUAUGUACUAGAAAACAACAUUCCUAUCGACACACAGUACUAUCUGGAGAACCAGCUUUCUAAGCCGCUACUGAGGAUUUUUGAGCCCAUACUUGGAGAAAAUAAAGCUGAAUCCAUUUUGCUGAGUAUGUAUCAGUUUGUAUAGCUGUCGUUGAAUGAGAAACUCAGUGCUUUUACUUUUGGACACUCCUCUCUGUAUGUUCAAAUAAGUUUUCAUAUACACAUCUCACCCUAACCCUCUUGCCUCCAUAUACACAUCCCACCCUAACCCUCUUGCCUCCAUAUACACAUCCCACCCUAACCCUUUUGCCUCCAUAUACACAUCCCCCCUAACCCUCUUGCCUCCAUAUACACAUCCCACCCUAACCCUCUUGCCUCCAUAUACACAUGCCACCCAAACCCUCUUGCCUUCUCCAAAAACAAAACCAAAAAAACAUACAAACUAAUAUCAUGUACAAGACAACAAACAAAACUAAGUCAACAUACACCAGUGUUUCAUACCGGGAGGCAAUUUGAAGAUUUCGGGAUGGGGGGGAGGCAAUGUUAAAACUGGACAUUUUAAAAGUCAACCACCUCUGUUGUUUUUCAUAUAUAACAUAUUGUUUGUCAUCUGAUUACAUGUUGUUUUGUCAUAUAUUAUAUGUUGUUUGUCAUAUAUUACAUGUACUUAUUACAUCACAUAAAUGUAUGGUGUACUUAUUAUAUCACACACACAUAACAAAUUUUUCAGAUUUUUUUUACACAAUAUAACGGAACAAUAAACAAUGGCUAGAUGGGAACAGGGAACAACAUACAAUGGCUAGAUGGGAACAGGGAACAACAUGCAAUGGGUAGAUGGGAACUGGGAACAAUAUACAAUGGCUAGUUGGGAAAAGGGAACAACAUACAAUGGCUAGAUGGGAACUGGGAAAAACAUACUAUGGCUAGAUGGGAACAGGGAACAACAUACAAUGGCUAGAUGGGAACUGGGAACAACAUACAAUGGCUAGAUGGGAACAGGGAACAACAUACAAUGGCUAGAUGGGAACAGGGAAUGACAUACAAUGGCUAGAUGGGAACAGGGAACAACAUACAAUGGCUAGAUGGGAACAGGGAACAACAUACAAUGGCUAGAUGGGAACUGGGAACAACAUACAAUGGCUAGAUGGGAACAGGGAAUAACAACAUACAAUGGCUAGAUGGGAACAGGGAACAACAUACAAUGGCUAGAUGGGAACAGGGAACAACAUACAAUGGCUAGAUGGGAACUGGGAACAACAUACAAUGGCUAGAUGGGAACAGGGAAUAACAUACAAUGGCUAGAUGGGAACAGGGAACAACAUGCAAUGGGUAGAUGGGAACUGGGAACAAUAUACAAUGGCUAGAUGGGAACAGGGAACAACAUACAAUGGCUAGAUGGGAACUGGGAACAACAUACAAUGGCUAGAUGGGAACAGGGAACAACAUACAAUGGCUAGAUGGGAACUGGGAACAACAUACAAUGGCUAGAUGGGAACAGGGAAUAACAUACAAUGGCUAGAUGGGAACAGGGAACAACAUACAAUGGCUAGAUGGGAACAGGGAACAACAUAAUAUGGCUAGAUGGGAACAGGGAACAACAUACAAUGGCUAGAUGGGAACUGGGAACAACAUACAAUGGCUAGAUGGGAACAGGGGAAAACAUUGUUUUAGACGUACAUGCAAUGGCUAGAUGGGUACAGGGAACAACAUACAAUGGCUAGAUGGGAACAGGGAACAACAUACAAUGGCUAGAUGGGAACAGGGAACAACAUACAAUGGCUAGAUGGGAACAGGGAACAACAUACAAUGGCUAGAUGGGAAAAGGGAACAACAUACUAUGGCUAGAUGGGAACAGGGAACAACAUACAAUGGCUAGAUGGGAACAGGGGAAAACAUUGUUUAGACGUACAUGCAAUGGCUAGAUGGGUACAGUGAACAACAUACAAUGGCUAGAUGGGAACAGGGAACAACAUACAAUGGCUAGAUGGGAUCAGGGAACAACAUACUAUGGCUAGAUGGGAACAGGGAACAACAUACUAUGGCUAGAUGGGAACAGGGAACAACAUACUAUGGCUAGAUGGGAACAGGGAACAACAUUCAAUGGCUAGAUGGGAACAGGGAACAACAUUUUCUUAGAUUUUCAUGAAGUAGAUGACUAAUAAACUCUCUCAAUUCUAAGUGUGAAACCCUCAAUUGUUGAUAUGAUUUAACUCAAUUCAUUUAUUUUAUUAAACAAGUGACUUCUUGUUGUUUUUUUUAUCUUACAGAAGGUGAACAUACAAGAACUAAAACAGUGGUCAUGUCAAAGGUGGGGGGCCUCUCAGCGUUCACAAAGAAAAAGAGCACUUGUAUUGGCUGCAAGGUUCCAUUAGAUCAUGAAGGUACAUGGUGAUAUAUUCAUUGAAUACAUUUCAGAAAUGCUUCUUUAAGUUAAUUUUAUAGAGCUCUUUAUGCUCAAAAUAAAGGCAUUCAAUAAAGAAAAAAUAAAAUUUGUUUCUAUUACAAAUGACCCUGAUGGCCUUCAAAGAUAUGGAAAAAUUAUAACAUAUUUUCACAUUAUAUUUGUGUUGUGCAAUUUAAUGUUUAGCAUUGCAUGUAUUUAAUUGAUGGACUUAUUGCAUAGGAUGUAUGAAACUUAUACGAAAUGCUUAUGAACAUUUUACCAAAUGCUUAUGAACAUAAUGCCAAAUGCUUAGCUUACAGGAAUAAAAAAUAUCUGACGAAGUAGCCAUGAUCAAGAAUCAAGCAGCAGCCGAGUAUUCUAACAAAACAUGUCAUGUGGUAUCCAUACAAUUUUCCAGCUGUAUAAGAUUUCACAUGUAACGGAAAACCACUACUUUUCAGAAUAACUUCACCUUGAGGACAAUAAUUCGUAGAGCAUCCAUACGCAGCUCCCCCUAUAUUAGGAAUUGUUUAUAGUUUGCCAAUAAAUCAUCCUCUGCAAUUUCUUAUCGAGCAGACUUAUUUCUGAGAAUUCUGUGAAUAUUAAAGGUAACACUUUUUUUGUCAACAGUUCAAGCUGUUUGCCAACACUGUAAGCCUAAGGAGUCAGAACUUUAUCAGAAAGAGAUAAGCCAUGUUCAAGCAUUAGAGGAGAAAUUUUCCCGUUUGUGGACUCAGUGUCAGCGUUGUCAGGGAAGUUUACAUGAAGAUGUUUUGUGCACUAAGUAAGUAUUCUGUAAUCAAUAUGCUUGUGCAAUGGGUAUAUGUCAACAUAUUGAUGUUCUUGUGCAAUGGGUAUAUGUACACUCAUUGAUGUGCUUGUGCAAUGAGUAUAUGUCAACAUACUGAUGUGCUUGUGCAAUGAGUAUAUGUCAACAUAUUGAUGUGCUUGUGCAAUGAGUAUAUGUCAACAUAUUGAUGUGCUUGUGCAAUGAGUAUAUGUCAACAUAUUGAUGUGCUUGUGCAAUGAGUAUAUGUCAACAUAUUGAUGUGCUUGUGCAAUGAGUAUAUGUCAACAUAUUAUGUGCUUAUUCAUACAGUAUGCAUAUAUAAAGGUGUUGUGAUGGCAAGUUCUCUUAUUCUGGUCCGCAUUAUCUUCUUAUUCUGGUCCGCAUUAUCUUCUUAUUCUAUAUCUUGAGGGCCCAAGAUCAAUGUAUUGAUCAUUCUAUUUCAUUUUAUUUAUGGAAGAUUUAGAAUUAUUUAUUUCUAUGCAACACAAAAAGUUUCUGUGGGUAAAGGUGGCCCAUGAAUUUGAGUUCUGUAAACUAGAUUUUCAUUUGUGUAGGUCAGGUUGCCAAGUCUGCGUUUUUCAGUCUCUUUAGUACUUGUUCCAGUGCAUAUUUAUAUUCUGUGAUAAACUUACAGAAAAACUCGACAGCAUGAAUCUGACCAUCAAGAACACGGUCCCUGCAUUGCGCAAAAUUCAUGGCGUUAAAAUUUGAAUUGAUACAAUCCUAAGUCAGUUUGAAAAGUGUUGUUUAUUCCUCAUAAUGAAGAAAGUCUAAAGGGGCAACUCUUCAGUCUUUGAAAAUUUAAUUUCUUAUGAAAAACAUCAUUGGCUGAUUUGUAUAGAGUUGAAACCAGUAUCCUUGCUUCUGAUUUGUUUACAAAGUGGCCACACCAGUAUCCUUGCUUCUGAUUGGUUUACAAAGUGUCCACACCAGUAUCCUUGCUUCUCAUUGAUUUACAAAGUGGCCAUACCAAUAUUCUUGCUUCUAAUGUCGUUUGGGACAGUAAAGCCAAACAUGAUCAUGAACAUUUGGCAAGAAAAGAUUGCGGCCUCCAAUAGAAUUAUCUUUAGUAACACGGUAUAGAAUCAUUCUACUGCUAAUGUCUAUAAAUCUAGGCCUGCCUGAUAAAAUAGUUUGUAAGUUCUUUGAAUAAAGCAUUCAAUGCACAUUGAAUAUGGAUUUAUCUCAGAGAAAAUGAAAGCUUGAAUUUUGAUGGUAUACAGUUCAGAAAACACAAAAAAAUGACCCCAACUUGCAUUCAUUUAUUGAUGAUAAUUGAAUCAUGUGCCCAGUCUUUAGAACAAAAGUUAUGGCACUCAGUUCGAUUGCUGUCCUGAGAACCUUGAACGAGGAGUGCAGUGACAGGUUUUUUCCUGACAUGUACAUGCAAUGGCAGCCAGAUUCAAAGGUAGAUGAAAUGCACAUAUACAAAAUGCACAUAUUUGAUGCACAUGGAGACUUUUGUUGGAAUCUUAUUCUGGAUUGUACUGGAAGAUCUACUUUAAGAAGUCUAACAAAAGAAUUUUUAUUUUAUUUGUGAAGAAUAAUAAUACAAAAUUUCCAGUAAAUCUUUUGGUAUAAAAUAGGCACAUUUUCACAUAGCAUACUUUUCUUUAAAUAAGUCAUUAAAUGCUUCAUGCUUAAAAAUGACAUCAAUUUUAAAUCUAAAAAAUUGAAGCUAAAAGGUGAAAAUUAGUACCAUUUAUUAAAUCAGUGGAUAUAAUAUGCCUUGAAAUAAUUCUUAAUAUAUGAGGCGUCCAUUAUUGGGUGAUGGGUGACCGAGCCGUUUAAACUGACACAAUCCAAAUAGCUGGUGGUCUUGAGUUCAAUCCCCACCAAAGCCAGGACAAGCGUAAACACCAUCCUAAGCACCCCGGGCGGAUGGGACUUGUUAGCCUUGGACGGCAACUGAUCUAAGAUAAGGUGAACUCUGAAUUCAAACCAGGAGCCAGAAUGAUCAAUAAAUUUAUUGUGGCUUAACAAACAUAUAAAAAAUAAUAAAAUAUUAUUUUAGCCAUUGUAAUCAAGCCAACAUAAACUAGGGGGGUUUUAGUAUUAAGUGGAGCAGCCGUCCUGUAAAGUUCAGUGAAUCUACCUGUAUACUUCCUUGUCUAUAAACCAUUUUUACAAAUACAGAAAAUAAAUCCAUUCUUUGAGAAUUGUUGGUUAUUGUAACUUGGCCAUUUUUGUUUUUCAAGUUUUAAACCCGGACAUUUGAAAUUGUAUGGGCGCCAUGGUUGUCAAAAACAAAACAAUUAUUUGUGUUUACACUGAGAAAUCUUCUGUCUCUGAGGCAUUCUUUUGAAAACCAUAUUAUUGUAAUGCCAAGUUGGAUGCAUUAUAUAUUUUUAUGGUUUUAUCAGUUAUUUAUACCUUGAUAUCAGGUGAACUACACAUUUUAAUAAAAUAUUUUAUCUUUAUUUUGUUGACUUAAAAACUAAAAGGACCAAGGUCAAAAGCCUGUAGUGUAUGUGCCAAAAGACAGUAGUGUACUGGUCAAAAGACAGUAGUGUACUGGUCAAAAGGCAGUAGUGUACUGGUCAAAAUAUAGUAGUUACAGGUGAAAAAACAGUGCACUGGUCAAAAGACAUUAGUGUACUGGUCAAAAGAUAGUAGUUACUGGUAAAAAAAAGUGUACUGGUCAAAAGACAGAAGUUUACUGGUAAAAAAACAGUAGGAAUGGUCCCCUUAGGUUUCUGUGUUCAGUUUGUACUUUGCGCAGACAACUCAGUAUUGUACAGUAAUCCCAGGGGUGACUUUAUUAUCAUAGAAAAAUAAGUUUGUGCACCUCAAAGCAACAAAUUCAAACUAAUUUAUUAUAUUUUUUUACCAUUUUUUUAAAUUAACAGUGUGGUAUACAGCAUCUAAUUUAGAUUUAAUUACUGAAUGUGUAAUAUCAAAGUCAACUAAAUAUUUUUUUGUAUCUUAUAUCCUACAGUAGAGACUGCCCAAUCUUUUAUAUGAGAAAGAAAAUACAGAAAGAUCUUUUGGAUCAAGACAAGACUUUAGCAAGAUUUGGCGAUAUCUCCUGGUAGUGGUUUUGUUGCCUGAUAGAGAUUGGUUACACUGGUAGUGGUUGGGUGGCUUGAUUGAGUGGUUACCCUGGUAGUGGUUGGGUGGCUUGAUAGAGAUUGGUUACCCUGGUAGUUGUUGGGUGGCUUGAUAGAGAUUGGUUACCCUGGUAGUGGUUGGGUGACUUGAUAGAGAUUGGUUACCCUGGUAGUGGUUGGGUGGCUUGAUAGAGAUUGGUUACCCUGCUAAUGGUUGGGUGGCUUGAUAGAUAUUGGUUACCCUGGUUGUGGUUGGGUGGCUUGAUAGAGAUUGGUUACCCUGCUAAUGGUUGGGUGGCUUGAUAGAUAUUGGUUACCCUGGUAGUGGUUGGGUGGCUUGAUAGAGAUUUUGUUACCCUUUAGAGGUUGGGUGGCUUGAUAGAGAUUAGUUACCCUUGUAAUGGUUGGGAGGCUUCAUAGAGUGUGUUACCCUGGUAGAAUUUUGGUGGCUUGAUAGAGUGGGUUACCCUGGUAGAAUUUUUGUGGCUUGAUAGAGUUGGUUACCCUGAUAGUGGUUGGGUGGCUUGAUUGAGUGGGUUACCCUGGUAGAGGUUUGGUGGCUUGAUAGAGUAGUUGGUUACCCUGGUAGAGGUUGGGUGGCUUGAUAGAGUUAGUUACCCUGGUAGAAUUUGGGUGUCUUGACAGAGUGGGUUACCCUGGUAGUGGUUUGGGUGUCUUGAUAGAGUGGGUUCCCCUGGACUUUGCUGGUUUCACUAGUAGAGGUUGGUUCCCCUGGAGUUUGCUGGUUUCACUAGUAGAGGUUGGUUCCCCUGGAGUUUGCUGGUUUCACUAGUAGAAGUUGGUUCCCUUGGACUUUGCUGGUUUCCGGAAUCUUUGUUAGUUGUGACACUUAAAGUGUUCAAGUCAUCUUGUGUUUUUUCAUUGGGAACUUGAAAUGUUCUUGUGUUUGUUCAUUGUGAACUUGAAAUGUUCUUGUGUUUGUUCAUUGUGAACUUGAAAUGUUCGUGUUUGUUCAUUGUGAACUUGAAAUGUUCUUGUGUUUGUUCAUUGUGAACUUGUUGUGUUUGUUCAUUGUGAAAUUGAAAUGUUCUUGUAUUUUUCAUUUUUAACUUGAAGUGUUCUUGUGUUUGUUAAUUUAGAACUCUAAGUGUUCUGUGUUUGUUCAUUGUGAAUUU